AUGUCAAGGAAGCACAUGCACAUACAUGUGAAAUUGGAAACUCUCGGCCAACAGGUGGACUGCCCCGUUUCUACACUGACAGCGGCAAAGAGGCGUGGAGCGGCGCGCGCGGGUACGGUGGGGGCGCGCGUCCCCGCGCCCCGGGCCCGCGCAGCGGAUGCGGCCAGGCCCCACCUCCUCUGUGAGGCCCGGGAUACUCACCCCAACGAUGUUUCUCUGCGACCUAGCCGCCGGCACAGACGCCUCCUCCGCCUGCUCCGCAGCCCCCUCGUAGCCACCGCCUCCUGCGCCGCUGCCGUCGCUGCCGUCCUCGUCGCCGCCGCCGCCGCCACCGCGGCGCGCGUCCGCUUUCACGCACACCGCCGUGGCCGCGCACGCGUGUCUGCGCGCUGGCGUCACUUAGCAACCAGACGACCGCGGCCCGGCGGGGUCCCAGAGUUCAGGGUCCAGAGGUCUCCUCCCGCGGGCUCGGCGGCUUUUGCCCACCCUCCCGACCCGCUGCCUCUCCCGAGCAGGGGGCGCCAGGGUGUGGCUGCCCUGCGGCACCUGGCUCCGGUCUCACCAUCCCACCCUCGGUGGAGUGCUAUGGCGUCACAGCUCACAGUAACCUCAAACUCCCGGGCUCCAGCGAUUCUCCUGCCUCAGCCUCCCAAGCAGCUGGGACCACAGGCACACGCCACAACGCCCGACUAUUUUUCUGUUGCAGUUGCCAUUGUUGUUUACCUGGCCCGGGCCAGACUCAAACCCGCCAACCUCGGUGCAUGUGGCCGAUGCUGUAAUCACUGUACACAGGCACCGACCCACUAUCUAGUAACUUAGACACUAUGGUUAACCCAGAUCCCCUAUUCCGACAACAGAGAACUGUUUUAGUGUUUUCCUCUGCUUCUCCCAGAGCAGAACCUGGGGUGGAAAGAGAGUAUCUAGGGCUACGAAGCAUGUAAACCUAUUUAGUUUCAGAGUUUGGCAUUAGGAAGCUCUUUGUCCACAGGUAAUAUCCAGUAUCAAUUUUGUCAGUUGUGCUAUACAGAAUAAUGUCCCCUAAGAUGUCUACAUCAUAAUCUCCAGAAUUUACAUGAGUAUGUUGUAUUGGCAAUACAUUAGCAAUCUGCAGGCAUGAUUAAAUUAUGGUUCUGGGGAGAUUAUCCUGGAUUAUCUAGCUGGGCUGGAGGCAAGCGCAUCAAAAUCAGAGAAAGAAAUAAAAUCAUGGAAGCAGAGGUCAGAAAGAGAUUUGAAGAUGUUAUGUUCUUGGCCUUGAAGAUGAACCCAAGGAAUGCAGGCAACCUGUAGAAGCUGGAAAAAGCAAAGAGAUGGAUUCUUCCCUCAUGCCCUUAGAAGAAUCACAGCCUUGAAAACACCCAAAUUUUAGGACUUCUCAUCUCUAGAACUGUAAGACAAUAAAUUUGUAUUGCUUUAAACCAUUAAGUUUGUGGUAAUUUGUUACAUCAGCUA